UUGUCGCCAGUUUAGUUCAUCAACAUAUACUUCGAUUAGGAGAGAGAAAAAGUUUUGCCCAAAUCAAGAAUAUGUUGAAGUUCCUGUCAAAGGUGAAGCUAGAGUUCAAUGCACUGGACUCUCGCGCAGGUGCGUGCAUGGAGUUCUUAGCCCAGUGCAGUGCCGGCAAAGCGCGAGAUUCCAACCCGAGUUGUCAAGUCGAAGUGAAGCGCCGCACCGAUGAUCAUCCUCCUCAAAUCAAGGUCACAUUUGUUAAUGGCGUCGAAGAAGUAUUUGAUGCGUCUAAAACCUCUGCACAAACCAUUCGUACCCUUAUUCUCGAUAAAGGUCAGUACCUUGAAACUGAGCAGAUGUUUCGCGAUGGUGGUCAAGCUUGGCCUGUCAUUAUUCCUGAGGAAGAGCUUCGUGAACCUACUCCUAGUAUUAAGCCUAGAAAAGCAGAGGACAAGAAGCAAUAAUUGUCGCUUUCUGCAAAUUUAACCAAAGCAGGUAAUGCUGUGUUCGUUUUUCAGCCGAGGAUUACUGAGCAGAGCGAGCAAUCACAAUUCGGCGUAGCAUUGAGAAAAUUUCCUUGAACAUAAGAGCUUCUCGAGAUGGUUAACUUCUUCAAAGAACCUCCACAAUUGGAAAAUUUCUUCAUAUGAUAACUGUGAUAAUUUGUUUUGGUACAAUAAUUAACGACAUUCACUUGUCCUCUGUACUUCUAUGUCGAUUCCUAUAUAAACUUGCCGAUAUAUGCAUUUUCGCCUGUUAAUCUUUUCCUA